AUGCACGUACACCUACACAAAUACACUUAAACACAUCUCUUGUUGUAGGCAGCACAGCUGUCUGCUUUAGUGGAUUACUGUGAGGAAUCUUAUUGUUUGACCUUGUUUUAUCCGUUGAAAGCUCUAAUUCUGCUUAUUUUAUUUAACAGAAAAUUGCACUUUAACAGGCAACAACUAGCAGAUGCAACAUGACUUUAUUUGGAUCAGCAGUUUUUGUUCUGGCUUUAUUCUUUUUUUUCCCAGUCAACAGCAGACCAACAGGUGUUCACUUGCGUAAUAUGGAAAGCUUCAUUCGAGCUGUGCAGCAGGUUGAAGACUCAAACCCUGGUCUGUCACCUCUGGCUCUGGUCAGAGCCCUGCGAAAGACUGCUGGUCAUGAUGAUGAGAUGACCAUCCAUUUCUUGGGGGCAUCAUAUAACCUCAGUGACUCUGAGGGUCUAGAGAGAGCCAUUCUAAAUGCAACAUCAUUUAGCUUUUUUGAUAAGGCCAUCCACCACAUUGUGACAGACCAAGGAGAGGAGCGAGGAGUGGUUCUUGCACCAGACGGCACCACAGUAGCACUUGCACCCUUAUUGUUAGGGAUUGAAUCCGGUCUGAAGGCCAAAAUGGAGGGAACACAAGCUGUUGGGAUUUUCCCUCUCACUCUUGGCAGGACGCUGGGCUUGUCGUUCCUCAGCCUCCAGGACUUACCACCAUCUUUUCGUCUGGGUCCUAAUGGGUGCUGGGACAAUGUGGAGUACCCUAAGAUGUUCAAGCUGCCUCGGCCCGCAACUAUUGCCACAGAUGCUGUUAUCAGUGGGGGCAUGGAUGGAGUUAUACUGGGCAUGAACAUCAGUAGUCUACCUGCAUCUGAACAGCCACGAGCCCUCAGUGAGAUUUUGAAAGGAUACUACAGUUUCAUUUUACAUGAGGGACUAGGCCUCGAUGCUGUGACCAGCCAUGUUAGUCCGAGGAGAAGGGAGAUCUCAAGAUCACUUCUGGAGUCACUUGAUCUUCAAAGCCAAGUGAUGGAAACAUUAGCUUUGGUCUGGAAAUUGGAGAAGACAGAAUGGAUUGCUCUGGACACUGGGGUGGGAAAAGCGGUGAAUGAUGGAUUGAAGGAAUUUGUGCACAAGUACUGGGACUGCCCUCAAAUCAUUCCUCGCUGUCAGUGGGGGGCAAAACCUUCCCGGGGUACACCUAUCCCCCUGUCUCUUCCUCUUCAGUUUCUGUAUGUUCACCACACCUAUGAGCCGUCAUCACCCUGUUUAUCCUUCCUCACCUGCUCCCGUGGCAUGAGGGCCAUGCAGCGUUUCCACCAGCAAGAUCGUGGUUGGAGUGACAUCGGUUAUAGCUUUGUCGUUGGCUCUGAUGGAUAUAUCUACGAAGGCAGGGGUUGGAACCACCUCGGCAGGCACACCAGAGGGCACAAUGACAUUGGCUAUGGUGUGUCAGUGAUUGGUAACUACACGGCUACCCUGCCCUCUCGCUAUGCCAUGGACCUGUUGCGCCAUCGUCUGGUGACAUGUGCUGUGAAUGGCGGAGGACUGGCGGCUAACUUCACGAUCCAUGGCCACAGACAGGUGGUGAACUACACCGCCUGCCCUGGAGACGCCUUCUUUUCGGAAAUAAGAAGUUGGGAGCAUUUCAGGGAGUGAAAGUUUUAGUUUUUUAAAAAAGUAUUAAAUGAUUCUUCAGGUAAUGGUAGCUAGUUUUUUUUAGUAAUUGCUGAGAUGAAAUAAGUGAUAAAUUAAUUUCUGAUUAUGUGGUUUAAUUGACUGUUUAACUGUUUCUGAACUGGGUGUCUAGAAUAAGUGUGUAUUUAAUUUUGAUGACCAAUUCCUGUUCACAUUACCUCAUUUUAGAUUUACUACAUUGAAUUGCUCAUUGCAAGACAACCUUUGUUCCCAGUUCCAGGUUCAUGAAAGUUGGAGAACAGAGAGAAAAAUAUCUUUUGUUGGACUUUUGCUUAAAAGAAAUUAUGUGAAUGAAAAGACAUUACUAUUUGUGAGUUUCCUUUCAGUGAUGUAGUUUCUUUCUUUUUUAUCUCUGUGUUUGAAAGUAGUCUCCAAAAUGACAAAGUCAAAGCUAAAGUUAGUUAUUCUCUUUUAAUUCUACUUCUAAAUUGUUGAAAUAGCCCUGUUUAUAGAUCAGGUAAAGGGCAAAUAUUUCCAUACAGCACAGGGGACAGAGUAAAGAAUGAAUAUAACAGCUAUAAAAAGAGGAAUAGGUCAAAUCAAAUAA